CUGGUCGAAACGCAAGUGCGGGGGCGAGUUUUCCUUUCCGCGGAAAAAUGCCAUUAAUUAGCCAGUCGAACAAAUCCCGAUGCAUUGCCCGCCAGCAGUAGACCGCAGAACAUGUCCCCGCCUCGUUGCCACUGGAAAUCACGGAUUACAACCCACAGAGGAGCCACAGCAGAGAAUCCGGUGGAGGAGAAGGACGAGCGCCACCACUGAAGAUUCCACCACUAGCCAUGGAGCAAUCGGUGUCCACCCGCUGGCUGCGACGCUAUCGCGCCUUUUUCCUCAUCCUGCUGCUCAUCGUGGCCAUCCAGCUGUUCCUGGCCUACAAAUCCCUGGACAUUGUGGGCGGCGGAUCCGGCUCCGGAUUCGAUGCGGCUGAGGUGUCCACCAGACCACCGCAGGCUCAAGCUCUGGAGGGGAUUAAGCCGGCACCGGGCAGGACCAAGCUGACCACCCAGCAACUGGGCUUCCAGCCGGAGUGCGACAUCCUGGCCAGGGAGGCCAUCUCCGCCCUGCAGCGCGCCAAAACGAAAGACUGCCGAGAACAUAUCGCCCGCAUAGCGUGCUCCAUUCAAGCUGGAAUCUUCUAUGCCACCCAGCUACGGAGCAGCUGUCCGGCCGGCAAUCACACGGCCAACGUGUCCCUGGGCUGCUACAAGGACGAGAAGGAUCGUCGGCUUCUGGCCGGCUACUACAGCAGCUCCAAGACCUCCAAUUCUCCCGCCAAAUGUGUGGAGUUGUGCCUGCAGAGUGGUUAUCCCUAUGCAGGUGUCCAAUACGGUCGCGAGUGCUUCUGCGGCUUUGAUACUCCCCCAAGCGCCGCCAAACUCCCGGAUUCCAGCUGCAACACCAAAUGCCUGGGCAAUGCCAAGGAGAUCUGUGGCGGCUUCUAUGCUAUGAACAUCUACGAGACCGGCAUAGCCAAGUUCACUGCCCAGCUGGCGGCCACCACUCCUCCGGAUGGAGCGAAGCGCGUGCGGAUCGCAUUUCUGCUGACACUCAAUGGAAGAGCGCUGCGUCAGGUGCAUCGACUGCUGAAGGCGCUCUAUGCGCCGGAGCACGUCUACUACAUCCAUGUGGACGAGCGCCAAGAUUACCUGUACCGGAAGCUGCUGGAGCUGGAGUCGAAGUUCCCCAAUAUCCGUUUGGCUCGCAAGCGAUUCUCUACGAUAUGGGGAGGAGCCUCCCUGCUGACCAUGUUGCUGCAGUGCAUGGAGGAUCUGCUGCAAUCCAAUUGGCACUGGGACUUUGUGAUCAACCUGAGCGAAAGCGAUUUUCCCGUGAAGACGCUGGACAAGUUGGUGAAUUUCCUGAGCGCCAAUCCGGGCAGGAAUUUCGUCAAGGGCCACGGCCGAGAGACGCAGAAGUUCAUCCAGAAGCAGGGAUUGGACAAGACCUUCGUGGAGUGCGACACGCACAUGUGGCGGAUAGGAGAUCGCAAGUUGCCAGCGGGAAUUCAAGUGGACGGAGGCAGUGACUGGGUGGCGCUAUCGCGACCAUUUGUGUCCUACGUCACGCAUCCCCAGCAGGAGGAUGAGCUGCUGCAGGCUCUGCUGAAGCUCUUCCGGCACACUCUUCUGCCAGCGGAGUCCUUUUUCCACACUGUGCUCCGGAAUACCCAGCACUGUACCAGCUAUGUGGACAACAAUCUGCAUGUGACCAACUGGAAACGGAAGCAGGGCUGCAAGUGCCAGUACAAACAUGUGGUGGACUGGUGCGGCUGCAGUCCGAAUGACUUCAAGCCAGAGGAUUGGACCAGGCUGCAGGCCACGGAACAGAAGUCACUCUUCUUUGCCCGCAAGUUUGAGCCGGUUAUUAAUCAGGCAGUGCUGCUGCAGCUGGAGGAAUGGCUCUACGGGCCGUACACUAGUGAAUACGCCAAUCUGCAUGGCUACUGGCAGUCCCUGUAUCACCAUGAGGAUGUGCAUGGCCUAGGAGACGAUUUGGCCAGGAGCAUAGGUGACAGCGUAAUGCGUCUAUCCGCGCGUCAGGCCAAAUUGGAUCCCCUGGAGCUGAUAGAACUCACGCACUACCUUCACCGGGAUCAGUACAAGGGUUUCCUAGUGCGCUACAGAGCGAGAGGAGUAUCGGGGAAGCCACUUCACCUGGAGACGCGAGUGCGCCCGGUGCAGCAGGGAAAGCUAGCGAGGAAUGCCCGCUUCAGCAAGAGAUUGCGCAACUUUGAGGUCUCCACGGACUUUGAUCAAAAGGAGCAGGUGGCCCGCAACUUUGGAAAGCUGUUGGGUCCCCAAAGUGAACUGCUACUGAGCUACACACUGCAGGGAUCUGCAGACUCCGGAGCCGCUUCGCACUCCUACAACCUGACCCUGCUGUGGAUCGAUCCGCUGGGUCGCCUGCAGGAUUUCAAUGAACUGCAUGUGGAAGACACCACCAGCGAUGUGAUAAACCAUUCGAAAACCCUGCUCAAACAUCCCAUUACACCCGGGAUCUGGACAGCCAAGUUGAUAGGACGCAACUCUAUUUAUGCACAGCUCAAGUUCCUCAUAUCACCAGUUGCCUACAACAGAGGCUUUCCCCUGGAGAAAUCCUCAGAAGCAGAAAAGCUGAACGCCGGAUUGGCAGUGGCUUUGCCCGAGGAUUUCGAGAUGCCCAUCGAGUGGCAACAAUAUCUCCACACCGACGACGAGCAGUUCACCAUGAGGGGGGAAUCCCUGGCAAAUGGAAGGCUGCUGGGACAGGAGCUGCACAGUUGGAUAGACCGACUGGUGGGGCAAUUUUUUCAACUGCGCGAGAGUUGCGUGGUGGAAGCAGCGGACAGCACGGAAGUUUCCCUGCCACUCUGCAGCGAUUCCGCGUGGAGUUCACUGGCUGCCGAUCCCAAGAGCGAUGUGGAUGCCCUGCUCAAGUGAGCCCAUUGCCAUGCAACAGCCACCUCAGUUUUGUUAUUAAUUCUAUAGUGUAUAUACUCGCCAGGAUUUUGGAAACCGAUCCACUAAUAACCCUUUUUUGACAGCUCCUUUUACUCCUCAAUGUUUUUUCGUAUAGAUUGUUGUGAUAAAUGUGAACUUUUAAGCGCCAUCUUGACCGGAUGCGGAUCACCGCCGCUCCAUUUACGAUUUCAUUUGUUUCAAUAACUAGAGCAUAGCAUUUUUGAAGUAGUUAAGUAGGUUAGGUUUGAACUUGAACGCCUUGUAAAUACGCAACGCACUGGACACCAAAAGAUCGCAGAUUGCAGCCAAAUAUCGUGGAGGUAAUCCAGCGCUAGCUCUGUACAUACCGUUAGCUAGACGCAAUUCCUUAACUAAGUCAUAAGCUAGGGCACCACCACCACCACCACCAGAUAGCAAUUGGAAUCAGUUGUACAUUCACAGAGUUUCUUCGAUUUUUUGAUUCACAUAUCAAGUUAUCCAAAAUAAAUGAGCAAUUCUACAUGUGUA